GCCUACCUGAUCAACCAUCGUGUCUAUAAUUCUCAGCAUAAAUGGAACCAGCCUCAUCGAGAUAUGACGCGUAUUGAAAAAGGCAUCGCAAAGAGUUUUAGUUGCAACUUUUGCCAAAGAAAGUUUGCUCGAAAUGAGCAUCUCCAACGCCAUGUCAGGACUCACACCAAAGAGAAGCCGUUUGCCUGUCCGUGUGGGCAUACAUUUACACGAUUAGAUCUCCUGAAGCGACACAAUCGAAUUUCACAUGGUGGGCAACCUCUAUCAGAGCAAGCGGAUGAGACAAUACCAGAAAGACAUGAAGUUGUUUCACAUUCGACUCCUUCCUCGGAAGAGUAUUCGGGACCUGUACAACACCCUCAGGCUGGUUUUGAUCACGAAUCUGAACGCUCUCCACGGGAUACUUCGGCUCAGAUCAGCGCUAGACGUUAUGGCAAUUGCACCUCGGUGUGUGCCUCAGCCGUUGAUGUUGCACAAUCAGUUGCUCGUUUGUCUCCUACAGAUGACUCUGUGGACACAUCGAUGCGUCAAAUUCAACAAUAUGGCCAUCUCAAUCCCCUACAGGAUUUUGCAGACUUUGUCGACAGUAUAGGCCUAACCCUGGAUUCUGAUGGCUCGAACAUAUUCAAUUUCCCUUUCACGGUGGAGGAAUUGGCAGGCGUGAAUAAUCAUAUUAUCAACACCAACAACCUUGAUUUUACAACAACUGAAAGUCACGCGCAAGGGGUUGUAUCCAUGCCACAGUUGAGCCCAAAUCAUAUCCUUUCUAGAGACCGUGCUUUUCUGGCAGUUGGGGCUUCUCAUCCAGAGGUGAUCAAUAACCCUGCCUCACGGCAGCUGUCUUGGACGAUAUCUGAGGAUCGAAGAGAAAGCCUCAAACAUUUGCUAGAGCCUUUCGAAAGCAUCUUGACCGGGUUCGCUUUGCCGUCGCAUUAUACGCUCUCAAGAUACUACAAAAGCUUCGUGGACCAGUUCCAUAAACACUACCCUCUCGUACAUAUACCAACACUACGUGUUGACUAUACACCUCCAGAGCUGGCUCUUAUCAUUGCUGCUAUCGGUGCGCAGUAUCGAUUCGAAUCCAGGAAUGGCCUGGCGCUUUACAAGGCCUCGAAGGCGAUCGCUCUUGAGAAGAUUAGGAAGCAAGAUUUAGCGGGCGAUUGCCAUACUUCGCCCCUUUCUCCUAUGCCUCCAACACUCGCAGAUGGCCCUGACUUGACUAGCCAGCAACAGCGUAUCGAUAUGAUUCGAACCUUGGUCAUGUUGAUCGCAUUUUCAUCCUGGGAUUGGAAGUCGGAGCUUUUGCGUGAUGCCUUUGGUUUGCAAAGUAUUCUUGCUCGUUGCUUGCGUGAGGACGGUAUGCACGAAGACCUUUCUGCAAGCGAUCAGAACUGGUACGACUGGAUUUUGAUCGAGGGAGCUCGGCGCGUCAAGAUGAUAGCUUUCGCUUACCUCAAUGUACAAACGGUGGCAUACAACCUCCCGCCUGUGAUGCUCAACAAUGAAGUUGAACUUCAGAUGCCCUGCUCGACUGCAGAGUGGGACGCCCCUGAUGCCAUAGAGUGGCAGCUGACUCGGGCUCGUUCCAGGCACCCUGAUCUAGGUUUUCAGGACGCACUUCAUGCGUUCUUGAGUCGAACCCAGGUCUCUGAAGUGCAGAGUCUACUGUCUCGCUUGUCACCUUUGGCAAAUUUUAUUCUUUUGCAGGCGCUCAUACAAAGGACGUGUCUUCUUCGGCAGCUGAGCAUCACCGCAGGAGCUGCUCUUCGCAAAGAUGACUUGGAUGAGAUGGAAGAUGCAUUGCGGAGAUGGAAGAAUGUGUGGCAACGAGCACCUGGCUCGACUCUCGACCCUCAAAAUCCCGAUGGACCGCUGCCCUUCACCUCAGUGGCGUUCUUCACGCUAGCUUCUGUCCGCUUGCAUCUGGAUCUUGGCUCAUAUAGACGACUCGAUACUCGUGAUCCGGCUCAGAUUGCUACAGCACUGAUUGGUGUUCCAGCUCUGAAGCGCGGCCCUCAUUUGACUACUGCGUUGCUGCACGUCACGCAUGCGCUCAGUUUACCGGUCAAUAUGGGUGUCCAAUACGUCUCGCGCAGCCAAAUGUUCUUCUGGAGCUGUCAGCAUUCCCUCUGUGGACUAGAAAGUGCAGUGUUCUUGUCCAAAUGGCUGCAAACUGUGGCGGAAACUCUUGGCAAAGAGCCAUUAACAGCCCACGAAAUCAUCAUCCUGGAUUGGGUGCGUGCCUUGGUAGAAGAGACCCGCGAAUCAGUUGAUUUGGAGGAACUAGGAGUCAGGUCAAACCUGGAGAUUUCUGCUUUACAACCCUCUCAACUCUGCACGAUAGUGCUAAGGAUUUGGGCUCGAGUGUUUGGUGGAAACACGAUGUGGGCUAUCAUCAGUCAAAUUGGAUCUGCUCUCGAGCAGUUGGCGGAAAGGAUCGAAAGAGAAAAUAUGAGACUAGCCCAAUAGAAAUCGUGACAUGCUGAACACGCGGAAGUGAAUGCGCUUGGUCAAUCUACUGGUGUUGAAAUGUAAUAUACUAUAAGGAAAGCAUGAAAGUCGGGUUGAAUUUGGAG